GCUGUUAACUCACCACCAACUCGAAGCUUGCAUUUUUAAAGCAAAAUUGCGGAGAAGCACGCUUUUAGGCGUAAAUAUAGGACAUGCAAAAAUAGUCGGGUGUCUAAAGACAUAAUAUAUUAGGCGCUUAAAAAUCGAUUUCAAAGUGUCUAUGAAAAUGUAUCACUUGAUAUAUUUUGGAUUAACGAUAGCGGUCAAGCUUUCUACGGUUACAUGCAAAAAAAGCUCGACUCGUUGGCUUGCCAAAAGCACACGGUCGUGCGUAUGAAAUUUUGCGAUUUCACUCGUCAUUCAGUCAAAGAUUUUCCAAUAUUGCGUGCACUGCAAUAAGCUCGGUCGAGACGUGUUUUAAAGUCAAUGUGAAAAAAGUGUAAAAUUCAAUUUUAUUUCACUCAUAUUUGAAAACAAAAGCAAAGCAAACCAACCGAAAACAUUUUAUUACAAUUCACUUUAUCACUAAGCGCAGAGAGACUGGUGUUGGUGGCACGCAGUGAUUGCGGUGAACUUAACUAAGAGUGCACUGUGGUGAAUUUUGUAAGAAUUUGGAGAAAGCAUAGAGCUUUACCACUGCCGCGUAUAUGUGUUGGUGUUUGUAGGCAAACAGUAAAAAGAAAAGAGUAUAUUGAAAAAAAAACAACAAAAAUUAUAAAAAAGAAAUACUAAAAAUCAGCUGAAAAAGCCGAAAAAUUGAAUUUAUUUGAAAGAGAAAUAAGUGAAGUGAACAUGUGGGUGUGAGGUCAACGCAAAUGACCGAUAUCGAUGUCUCCGCAAUUAGAGAAUGCUUAAGUUACCAAAAGGCUUAAAAAAGAAAAAGAAGAAGUCGAAAAAGGACCAAGAACUCUUCACUGAAGAGGAGCUCGAACAAUAUAAGCGCGAGUUAAAAGCUAAGCAGGAGGCAGCAGCUGCUAAAUCGGACGCUGGUGAAUCGGACGCAGCAUCAGACGUUGAGGGUUUAGCACCAACUGCAGCAUCCACUUCCACCACAGCUCCUGCGCAUACUGAAACAACUGAGUCUAACGCGGAUACUAGCGCUAACGGCGGCGCAGCGCCUGCCGCAGCUACAAAGAGUGCCGAACAGAACGAAGAGUGGGCCAAGUUUAAGGCGCUUACAUCGGGAGUCGAUUCUAUUUUACAUAAAACUCAAGACGAGUUAGAUCGUAUUAAGAAAGAGUCUUUCUAUCAACGUUUACCGUCAGCGGCAGAGAAAAAACGACUCGAAGAAGAAGAAGCUGCACGUCGUGAAGCGGAACGUUUAGAAGAAGAACGUCGUAAAGCAGCUGAAUUUGAGGCACAGCGUGACAAAUUAGCCGAAGCUGUAGUUGAACUCUCCGAAUCGGAAGGGGAACAAGACGAGGAGGUCGAUGACAUCUUCGCUACUGACUAUAUAGAAGCGAUAACUAGAGGAGAAGUACAAUUAGCUGUUGUACCUGAGUCGCCGGUAUUAGAAUUUGACGACGGUCCUGAUCCUUUCGAUACAGCAUAUGCAGAAAAAGUUAUUGUUGGCGCAGAUAAGGCUAAAGGUAAUAAGAAACUCGUCAGUCUUGGUGCGGCGGUUGAAGUCCUCUCCGGACGUGUCGAUCGUGAGCACGCACUUGCCCUUGCGAAACCGAAGCGUAAGCUACGAAAAGGUAUACAGAACUUGUUGCUGAGCGAGAGUAUUGAUCUUGCCGAUCAGGAAGUUGAAAUAGUUGCUGCCGAACCACAGAAAAAUUUACUUGACGAGCUUGUGGAUGAUGUACCACAGUCAGAUGCACCAAUAGAUUUAAGUGUUUCAUUACAUUUGCAUUUGAUACAACAUAAAAAACCAGAAGAAGAAGAGGAGGAGGAGGCGGAAAACGACACCGGUUUACCGGAUUUGUCAGAAUUCGAUGCACUUAAAGACGAUGAUGAUGAUGAGUUUGCUGAAUUAGCAGCCGAAUCGUUAACUAAAAAAGAAGAAGUAAAAGUUAUAACUCAGAUACCACUUCCUCAAGCCGAAGUACUUUCGGAAGUUGUAGACGCAGAUUGGGCAGAAUUUGAACAAGUACCCGAAGAGGAAGCAACAAGUGAAGACAAAGCUAAACCAGCACGUCCUCCACCACCAGCUAGACCUGCCUCUGGGCCGCACUUAGUUACAGGUGCCAUAUACAUAAGUGACGACGAAGAAGACUACGCCGCUGACGAUCCAUUCAAUACUGCAUAUGCUGAGCAAGUCAUCAAAAAGACUACCGUACUAGAAGAAGACGACGACUUUGAUCCACGUGCCGAAGAAAAAUCUGCACCGCCUGUUAAACCACCACCACCAGCUGUAAACUUAUUAUCACAACCAACCCGUGAUUUGUUGGGUGGCAGCGCUACUGAUUUGUCUAAAGUUGGUCCCGCUCCCAUAGCACCUACACAGGAGGUUGAGGAAGACCCUGCUGAUUUUGAUCCGUUCGAUACCUCUGCAGUCAGUGCAAUCGUUCAACCCAAGGCGACGGAACUAAAGUUCUUGGAGCGUGAACUCCUACCUGAAAGUAAUCUUAAGCAUUCACUUAGUGAUCCAGACUUUGAUCCACGUGCAGACGAGCCGGCACCCACUCCAACAAGGGUUGUAGUAGCGCCAUCUCGUCCGGCCGCACCACCUGUGCAAAUUCAAAAUAAUAAUCCGACUAUUGAUUUUGAUACUGCACGACGCAAGUCUUCCCUAAGUUUGAAUAUCCAAUCAAAAAGUGUUGGCUUCUUGGUAUCUUCACAAGAUUUGCUCGGUGCCGCGAAUGACGGUCACGGUAACAAGAAACCAUUGACACCUUAUUACGCACCGACUGGAUCCAAAGAAACAAUUAGUGAAAAGGAGGCAGAAGAUCCAUUCGACACCUCAUACGUACCAGAAGCAAAACCCAGUGAGGUUGAACUGAAGCAUCUCGAAGAAGAUUUACUAACAAAAAACACACUAAAACAUAGUCUAUCCGAUCCCGAUUUCGAUCCACGUGCGCCACCCACACCUGUACCAGCAGAAGAGCUAUUAGCAGUAAAAGAAGACAUAAAGGCCAAGGUACUGACGCCGUCUCAAGAGAGUAAAGAUCUAACAGACGACGCUGUUGAGUAUAUAGACCCGUUUGACACAUCUAUUGCUUCUAAUUUGCAACCAGGCAGAGCAGAGCUAAAACUUUUGGAGAGUGAAUUGCUACCUCCUACAGUUCCACAAAUCACGACUGGUGUGCUUGAUACACAGACAGACGCACAAGAACUCGGUCUAGGCGACAAGGUGUUAACACCUUCGGUACCUGUAAAACAAAUUACACUUCCCGAAGAAGUUGACCCGUUUGAUACUUCAAUUGCGGAGAAUUUGGCACCAGGCGCAACCGAAAUUAAGUUAUUGGAAAGUGAAUUAAUUGAGCGUUAAAUUUAAUAAUCCGGUUGAUUAUAAAACUACUAUAAACCAUAAUGGCAAACCCAUUUUUGAUGGAUGAUGACUUGGAGGGCGUUGACGCCGACCCCACAGCGAACCCUUUCUUCACAAAAGCCGAUGCUGAAGAGGGUGUAGUAGAAACAGAGAAUCCUUUCUCAGGACAAUCGAAUCCAUUUGCAUUUGGCGAUGAACCUGAUGACGGUCCAGCACCUGCAUCGGAUAUUGAUCCUGCAAUGAGCUUCUUUGGCACAACUAUUGAGGCGGAGGAUGAUGCACUUAGCAUUAAGUCUACAGUUGAAGAAGAUGAUGAAACUUCUAAACGAGGUCCACCACCAAGACCAGUGCCACCACAAACGCAAGAACUCAUUAAUACAGUUUCUAACCAAAUGGAGGAGACAAGCUCCGAGUUACUCGGCCGAAUACCUGCUACUCGUUCUCCCAGUCCUGUUUCAAUGCGUGACUUACAUUCACCCAGUCCUACACCGGAUUCUGGCUUGGCUGACUUGUUAGACGUAUCAGAUAGUGGUUCGUCUGGUAAUAUGCAUGGAUUCGAUAUGGAUUUAGUCGGUAGUGGUACUAACAAUAGUGCAGAUAAUCCUUUCGGUGUGCCAACAGCCAUUCCUAGCUUACAUGGUGCAACACCUAUGCCAUCACCAGCAAAGCAGCAACCUCCGCGACCACCACCACCACGUCCAGUACCACCAAGGCCGUCACCACCAAAUGGUAUACCAGCACAACGCAAUCAACCGCCUCCACGACCAACUCCCCCAGCUCCAGAGCCAGUUACUCAGCCCGCUGCUGAGGUAGCAGAUAGUGAAGAUCUGUUCGAUAUGUUUGGUACAUCCAAACCACCUAAACCACCACCACCAAAGAGCAAGGAAGACAUACUUAGUCUAUUUGAAAAGCCAGCUCAACCAGUAUCCAAACCAGAUCUUUUAAGUGAUGAUCUUGUACUUGAGCCUUCCCCAGAAAUGCCAGAUGACGAACAGAAUAUAGAUGGAGAGGAUCCUAUUUUCAGUUCUAUGCUAACUCGACCUGAUGACAGCACACACGAUAUUACAUCUCAACCACAGGCAGCAGAUCUAAACAUAUCGUUGAUAAAUAAUGUGGAAAGAAAAGAACUGGUAGUCGAUGACACUAAACCACGUGCGCCAACUCCGGACAUUGAAAUAACAACUGUAGAAGAUCUUCCACGUUCUGACGAUGAAGAUGAGCCAGAGCCAGUAAAACCAGCACCACCGGUGGUCAUUGAAACCAAGCCAAGUCCCGACGAAGAGGAUGAAGAAGUGGAGAAAGAUGAAAAAGAGGUUGUACCUGCGGCUGCAGAACCCGCAGUCUUUGCAUCUAUCGAUUCUGAUCACAGUCCUCCUACGGAGUCACCAGCAACCACGCAGGCUCAGCCGCAGUCAUCUUUGGAGGCUACUAGCGAACAGCAGAAUAGUGAGUUUGAGCAAAUGGAUACGGGUCUGGAUUUCGCACCGGCUAGUGCUGUUCCCAGUGGCGCUGCCUCUGCAAAUCCAUUCGCUAGUCCCGACGAAGAAGAAGAGACUUAUCCACCGCCAUCUGCUGUGACGAAUAUAUUUGCAGUCGAAGAUAUUGACCCUACACUUGUGACCAACAUCUUUACUACAGCAACAGACACCAUGACAACAUCUGCUGUGCCAGUUAAUAUUUUUGCACCGGAUCUUGAACCAGAAGCUUUGGCUAUCACAGCAAAUUCAUACACUGCUAAUAACAUUUUUGCCAGCGAGCCAGAUGAAUUUGACGCUUUCUCGGCCAAAUUUGAUUCUGUUAAGAAGGAUAAUGUAAGCAUACUGGAUGGCUUUGGUGGUUCGGGUGCUGUGACUCCUUCAGGCGGUGACGCUUGGGGUGACAGUGCAUUUGGCUCACCCGCAGCGGCAACUAAUGUUUUUGGCGUGACCGAUGGUUUCGAGAAUGAGGAUGAUGACUUCUACGCAAUGAAAGCACCUGUUCGCGCCGAUUCGGUUGAGUCCGUAGACAAGGAAUUCAAUGUCGUUAUUCGGCCCAAAGGCGAAAGCACACAGGGAAUUGCACCACAAUUGGCACCGCCGCCGCCACCAGCGCGUAGCGCUGUCGGUCAAGUUUCCAGCGACACAUCGCCUGUUGUCAAUCCCUUCGAAGAUACUGGUUUCCCGGCACCAACGAUAAGUGAAGAAAACAAAGUAAAACGCACAGACUCACAGGAUACACCACAAACCCCGUUGUUCGAUGAAGAUGUCUCGCAGCCACUCGAAGAUUUUCCGCGACUGAACUAUGUCGGCCCCGGCUGGGAAAUGCAAUUGCGGCAACCGAACAAAAAGAAGAUAACUGGCCAAAGAUUCUGGAAGAAAAUAUUUGUACGCCUAGUAAUACAGAACGAUGUGCCCGUAGUGCAAUUGCUUAAUCAGAUCACAGACAAACAACCAUUCCAAGAAUUGCCAUUGCAGCCCUCAUACUCUGUCUCGGAGAUUGGAGCACAACAAUACGAUCAGUUUGGCAAAAUAUUUACCAUAAAGCUACAGUAUAUCUUCUAUAAAGAGCGUCCCGGUGUGCGACCUGGUCAAGUAACCAAAGCCGAACGAAUCACAAACAAGCUGACGAAAUUUGCACAAUAUGCCAUUGCGGGUGAUUACGAAGGUGUGAAAGAGUUCGGUAGUGAUUUGAAGAAGCUGGGCUUACCGGUUGAACACGCACCACAGUCGUCGCAACUAUUUAAAAUUGGCUCAAUGAACUACGAGGAUAUGAAGCAGUUCUCUAUAUGUAUUGAAGAGGCGCUCUUCCGAUUGCCUGCGUUGCGUGAACGUGCGCUCACUUAUAAAAUGGAGGAGGUACAAGUAACGGCGGUCGACGAAAUCGUUGUGGAACAGGAUUAUGAGGGAAAAAUUUUGAAGCAAAUAGCGCGUGUGCGUCUUUUCUUUUUAGCUUUUCUAACGGGUAUGCCCUCGAUCGAGUUGGGUGUGAAUGAUAUGUGGCGUCAAGGCAAAGAAGUGGUGGGCCGACACGACAUCAUACCAGUCGCCACAGAAGAGUGGAUCCGUUUGGAAGCUGUAGAGUUUCAUAGUGUGGUGAAUCAGGAGGAGUAUGAGAAGACGCGUACAAUUAAGUUCCAGCCACCGGAUGCGAAUUAUAUAGAGUUACUACGUUUCCGUGUGCGUCCACCCAAAAAUCGCGAACUUCCACUACAACUGAAGGCCACGUGGUGUGUAACUGGUAAUAAGGUGGAGUUGCGUGCAGAUAUACUGGUUCCGGGCUUUACAUCGCGCAAAUUGGGACAGAUACCAUGCGAAGAUGUCUCGGUGCGGUUUCCCAUACCGGAAUGUUGGAUUUACUUGUUCCGCGUAGAGAAACAUUUUAGAUAUGGCUCCGUUAAGUCCGCUCACAGACGAACCGGUAAAAUCAAAGGCAUUGAGCGCAUCCUAGGCGCUGUCGAUACGCUGCAAGAGUCACUUAUUGAGGUCACUUCUGGACAGGCGAAAUACGAGCAUCAUCAUCGUGCUAUCGUCUGGCGCUGCCCACGUUUGCCAAAAGAAGGACAAGGUGCUUAUACUACACAUCAGCUUGUUUGUCGUAUGGCGCUAACUUCUUACGAUCAGAUACCCAGCGAGCUGGCCCCUUACGCCUUCGUUGAGUUUACAAUGCCAGCGACACAAGUCUCACAUACAACAGUGCGUUCGGUGAGCGUACAAGAUUCGGAUUCCGAUGAGCCGCCAGAGAAAUAUGUACGCUAUUUGGCACGCCAUGAAUAUAAGGUUGGCAUCGAGACGACACACGGAGAAUCUACAAACGCGUAUUUGGCAGCUACGCGUCCGAUACGUGAGGAGCCAACGCCUAAGCCUGUGGCAUCACCAGUGCCACCAAGCGAUUCGGAUACCGAUUCGAAUUAAGCAUUAAUUUAAAAAUAAUACAAAAUUAUUCAAAAUACAAACCUACAUACACACAGAGAUGUAUAGCAAAGCAAGUAAAACUGUACUAUUGUAGAAAGAAGUUAGGAAAAAAAGCAUAAGUAAUGCUUAAAAAGCGCUUAAACACACCUACAUACAUACAUAACCAAGCUGAGUUUUAAAAGGUUAGUAAUGACAGCACCAUUUCGUCAAAAACAAACGCAUAUGAAUUUGUAGUGUAUUUUUAUGGUGGUGGGUAAAUACAUAGAAAAUACAUAGAAAAAAACAGAAGAACGAAGGAAUGAAUUUCUACUAUGUUUGUAUUAUGGCUUAUAUAUACAUACAAACAUAGAAACAUAUAUGAAAGGAUUUGUAAUGAAUUUCUAUAAUGAUGGAUAAAUACAUAGAAACAUAGAAAAUCAUAAGUACAUAAGCAAGCCAUGUGUAAAAUAGCUUCAAAUAGCAAAAACAAAAGCGGUGCAUAUAUUAAAAAAUUAGCAAAAAAUACAGUUAAGAAAGCCUCUGACUUCAUGCUAGCAGCAACGCUAAAGACCAACCACAUCGAAGCAAUAUAGUAUUAUAUGCUGCAUAUACUCGUAUUGCGCGUAGUUAAAGGAUAUGCAAAAGGAUAACAUUAUAUAACACAUACAUAUUUAAAUUAAAUUAUAGAAAACUGUUAUUUCGCUCAUAAUUCGAAAGGCCACAGCAUAAUAAAGUAUAUAGCACAUAUGUAAAUCAUACAUUAUAUAUACUAAAUGUAUAUGGUACUCAUGCAUAGACACACAUACAUUUACUUGUGUACACAUACAUAUUAGCGGACAAUAAGAAUUUGAAGAGCACGCGUUGAUCGUUUCAGCGAAGCAUCUAUACACAUACACACAUGCAUAGAUACAUAUAAACUCGUUUAUUGCAUUAUGUAUGUAAGUACUUACUUAAUUAUGACUUAUGCAAAUAUCAGGUAUAUUUAUAUAACUUUUACGCUUUAAUUGUUAUAACAAGUUAUUACUACAAAAUAUAUAUAUGUAUAUUGAUCAUAUUCAAUUAUAUUUAUUUAUAGUUUUUCACUUAAAAAAGUAAUAAGUUUAUGUUAUCCAAGCACUUACACUAAUUAAUAUUGUAAUUAUGUAUAAGCAUGUAUUAAUUUUAUUUGCGAAAUAAGCUUCAAAGUAUUAUUUAUUUAAAAUCAAAGGGAAAAUAUUAAUUUAGAAGUUAUUUAAGCACGGGAAAUUAUAAUAUAAUUAUUCAAACAAAAAUACAAAUUUCAAAAAUAUAUAAAAAUUAUACUAAUUAUAACACAUUGCAAUAUAAUUAAUAUAUAUUAUUAUUUGUAUGUUAAUAAUAAUAAAUUUAAUAAGACCACUGAUUUUUAUCAUUUCAAGAUUUAUUUUUUCAAUUCUCAUUCUAAAAGCCGCUAGAAAAAAUGUUUUUGGAAUAGUAGAUAUUUAUCCAUACUAAAAGCCCUCCUUUCCAGUAAUAACAGCGAAAUAUACAAGUAGUUUAAAAUUUUAAUAGAUCAAAAUUAGAGUUCUAUUCUAAAAUAAGAAAAUGCCAGCAAUACUAAAUUCUAUUACACAUAUAUAAUAUCUAAAAUUGUUGGUAAGCCUCUUAGCGAAUGGUCUGGAUGAUUGAUGUAUUUAAAGUGAAGCUUUUACAUGGCGAAAAAGCGUUCGGAAAUUUGCAAUUCAUUGUCUGUCAAAUUUGUCUGAUUCAAUACAAUUAUUCUAUUUUGUUUAUUACUGAGGAAUAAUUUGAUUUUAGAUACGAGAUUUUGGAAGAAAAAAGUUAAAAAGAAUUUUCGAAAGUCUCGUUAACGAGGUUCUUAGAAUAACUCGAACAUUUAAUACUAUUUCGGAGGGUUACAUUAAGUACUCAAAAUGCUAUGUUACUUAAACAUUUCCUUAAAAACAAAAAAAAGGUAGAUAUUAAAAAAAAUUGAUCGGGAAGUUUAACAGAAACGGUCAGGCCCCUACGUUUUUUUAAUGAAUUUAAACUUUUCCUAAAUUUGAAAAAAAUAUAUAUCAUUUAACUUAUUGAAAUCGAUAUACUAAUAUGUAGUAGCCUUUAAUGUUCUUUAAAAGCGAUUAUAUUAAUGCCUAGGACUUCAGAGCUUUAUCUCCAGUUUUUGGAAUAAACUUCGGUAUUAUUUUACAAAUAAAAGCGUGGAAAUCACUACAGAACGAAAACUUCUGUACAUUUAAUUCUAAUCGCGGUUUUUACUCGCUACCAUGAAUUAACUGAAAAUUCUUGAUUCUACUUUCAAAACAUACCUUUGAUUUUGAAAUUAUUGGUUUUCAUGAAGACAUUUAUAUCAGCUUACAGUAAAAAAAUAUCCACAAUUUGUAUGUGCGCUGUCAAUUUCUAAAUGUCUACAUUUAUCUUUCUUGUUUUCAAGAAAGGAUCGAAGAUAAAUGUUUCUAAUAUCACAAAAAUCCGUUAACCGGUUGGGUUAAUGAUACAAAUAAAAAAUUAAGAAAGUGCGAUGGAAAAAAUAUUGAUUGAAUUCUAAUAUAUAAUUUAUUUUACACGGUUUGCGGUUGCCAGAGAUUUUAGUUUGAUACUUUUUUCUUCGUAAAAACAAAAAAAAAACUAUGGGAAACUUCGGACCCUGUAAACAAAAUUCUUUUCUCCGUCUUGAAACGAUAUGCCAGAAAACAAAUUGUGGAAAGUGCGGACUCUGUGAACAAUAUUUUAUACAAUAUAACAGGGUUAAUCUGUAAUAUUUCCAAAUAAUUAUUUGUGGACUUUUUUGACUAUUCUAGAUAAGAUUUUGCUUUAAGCUUUGAAAAGACGCCGCUGAGCAAGUAUAAAGGCAUUUUUUCGGCAUUAUUUUGCUACGAUAUGGAUAUUUAUAUGCAUUAACCAGUUAUAUUCCUCAUAUAUUAAUAAACUUUUUCUUAAGAUAUUCUUAUUUUUCUCUGUAAAUAUUUUAGUAGUAAUUCCAUAUAUACUCAUUCAUAUAUAUUAACACAAAUGUACUAUUACUAUUACUUACAUACAUACAUGCAUAGUUAUAAAUAAUCUGGAAAAUGUUGAUCAUUGUUAAUUUUCACAUCUGUAGGUAAUUUUAAUAUCAUAACUUAUAUUGGUUAUUAGUGUGAUUAGCAUAGCAAAGACAUUAAAAAAAUUCAUUAGAGUGAAAAAAGAAAUCCUUUGUGGUGCUGCUGAAAAAUACUUAAUUGCAUAACUACUUGUAAAACUUAAGAAUAUAGAACUUUAAAUAAGAAAAGCUGAGACUACAGCAUGAGUGCAUAUGAAAAAUAACAGCAACAAAAAUAAACGCAUACAUACACAUGACAGGAAAAAUGCAUAAGAAAAAUGAUGAGUAUGUAAAUGUUUCCAAAAAAAUCAAUGUGUGUAUAUACAUAGCAAAUAAUACGCUAUAAGAAGCUUACGAGCGCAAACGCUUGAUGAAAAACAGAAAACUGAAACACAAAACCAAAAUAUCAACUACUACUGAACAACUGCUCAGCUUACCGAGGAGCAUUUGUAUGAAAUAUACUUAUAAAUAGAAGCAAUCAAUGUAACUAAAAGCAAAGCUCAUGCAUACACACAUACCUACGUAAAUAUAUAUACAUAUAGGUAUGUAAGCAAAUAAAUAGGCUGCUUUUAAUCGGAGGCAACAAUAGAUCAAAUAAUUGGCACAAAUUAAUUAUUAUUCUACGCUCAGACAACACUGUGCAGCAUAUACUUUUGGGGGUGUAACAAAGAAAUUAUAAAGGAAUACAAUUUAGGAAGGAAAAGGUAGCAGCCGAUGCCACUAAAAAAAAAGCUUGGAAGCGAUUUAACUCUACCACGAGACAAUUUUUUUUACAGUGGGUCCACGUUUGAAACUUUUUGAUCAAACCUCUUGCUGAAUAAGUGAGAAAUCAUGUAUAGCACUGAAAACAUUUUCAUUAAUUUCUUCAAAGCACACAAAUAUUUUCCAGAGACUAUUUCUAGCCUAACAUAUUAACCCGCUAAAGGCACCCGUUCGAAUAAAGCACUAAAAUUAAUUCUUAGCGAUAAGUAUUCUUUAAAAUAUUCUAAGAAUUUUUCACCGAAAAUAAGUAUUAACUAAAAGUUUCUAUCUAAUUUGAACCGCUAUGACAAUUUUAGCGCUUGGAGAGUGCUUGCAUUCAUUGAUACAUAGUCAGCUAGUUACUUAAAAAUAUUUUAUUGGAUGAUUUUAACUUUUCUCCGAAAAUAAUCUUCAAGAUGUAUUUCCGGAAAAAACAUCCAAAAUUCGUCGCGCUGUUCAGUAGAGACUUAAACUUUUAAAAAAACAAACCCAGUGGAAUUUUAGCAGUAAAAUUAAAACCGUAAAAAGGUCAAAAGGACCACUGCUCUUCGUUAGGGUUGAGAUUUGCUAGAAAAGAAUAUAUCGACAAAGUUUAGCACUGAAAUAAAAACCGAAAAAAGGUAAAAAGGACCCGUGCUGUUCGUUAGAGGGUUAAGAUUUUCUCCAAAGGAAUAUAUCGAAUAAUUCUAGUACAUCUCUCUUUUAUAUGUGUUUUUUCAUAUUAUUCAAUAAAAAUUUUGACCACUGUAAAUAAUUUGUGACCUUACAUGGCGUGAGUUGCCAAUUUUUGGUGCUGAUGGUGCUGACGCUUUCAUUUGAGAUCUGUUUGAUACAUCCUCCAAAACUAAGACCUUAACUUUAUAGCAUAGUGUUAUAUGAAUUCAAAACAAAUAAAGCUGAAUUAGUUUAUUACAAAACUGUAAAUUGUUGAAAAAGAAAACUAUAAAUACAAAAUACAUUAUGCUAAGCAUUACAGUAGCUUAAACCAAAAACCAUAAAAACUUAAAAUAAAAUUUAAAAAAAGUGCAAAAAGCAACUCUGAUUGUACGAUGUUGGCAUUAAAUUACAUUUAACAAAAUUAAAAAGAGCGAUUAAUGUUUCUUUCUUUCCAAAUGUGCAAGAAAAAGUUAAGACUUAAAAUAAAUAUAUUAUACAAAAAAUAAUCUGAAUGUUAUUAUUGUAAAACGAAUUUAAUUGCAACGUUAAUGGAUCCUAAGUUCCAACAAUAUGAAAUUAAAAUACAUAAAAGUUGAACAUAGUCAAACAUUUAAAUGUAUAACAAAAAUACUGAGCUGAUAAUGUGAAUUUUUGGAAGUAAAUGUCACUUGUAUGUGUACCCAGACUUCAGAACGUACAUUUUUGCUACAUAACCUCACACAUCACUGCGGUGCGGAGAAACUCAGAAAUGUUAUUUGACAUAAUUUUCUGAAGAAAGGAAAAGGUUAUUUCGAUUAGCAUCGCUCACACCGACACCAGUAAUAGCGUGGGGACUUCUACCGUCUUCUGCUACAGGCCCUAAACUUAGCGGAUGCAGUUCGGUAGCUGCUACGAAAAAGCUUAAUCCCAAUAGUGUUUUUAACUAAGACCUACAUAUGGUAAUUUUGAACUAAGGUUUAAGGUCCUUUUUAUCUUUUAUUCCUCAAACUGUGUGGGGAUAUCAGUACAUUCAAGGUAUAUAUUGUAAAUUGACACACCUCGUAUCGCAUCUAAUCCAGCCUACCAUGGAAAUCUAGGAGUAGUAGUGAUAUCUAUGAUACCUUGCCGAAAAGCGGUUAUAGUUCUCGUAGUAGUAUUUCUAGUAAUAAAAUGUAUUAAGAUUCUAGAAAGAUUAUUCAUAUAAGCAUGAUUAGAGUUUUCCCAAGUUUAGUCCAGAACAAUGGAGCAAGCUUAUAGUACUUCCCGCCUAAUGCAAUUGGUUAAGCCACUUUUUGGACUUUUGGGGAGGAGAAGUCUCCUGUAUCGACUAUUCUUGGUCUCUAGUCUAUUAUUUGUUUUGUUUUUUAAGUCAAAUUUACUAUUGUUACAUGAAAAGGUAGUUGUUAGUGAUUUUUCAAACAGACAAAGUCAAUCUCUCUCAAAACACAUAAAUUAGCAUACUGAGGCUUUAACUACUUUCAAGAUUGCCUCAUCAGAGUCGAGCUAUCUUGUUUCAGUCAUCAACAAAAAUUAGGACUAAUUUAGACUAAACAGUUUGAUCCUUUGUUCAUUGAAAUGUUUUCUCCUCCAAAGUAGACUGCAUCUCGAUUUACAUAUAUUUCAAACUAAUUUCUAAUUUUCUCUAUUGGGACUUAUGAGAAAGAUGUAGUCUAGAAACUAAAGUUUGGUGCGUAAAUACUUGAUUCGAUAACUUGACAUUACUGAACUUUCGGCAUAAGAAUAGUCUUCUCGAGAGAACGAAAUAAGUAUAUAUCAAUUAUAUUAUAUAUAUCUAUUAUGUUAUUAAUAGUAGUGUAAAUUCCUAUGUAUAUGAGAUAUUAAAAACAUUUUGUCGAUAAACCUACACAGGAUAACCCAUUCGGUUUUUCUACACUGCAGUGAUGUAUUUGUGAAGUGAACUAGAAGAAAAUUUUGAAUCAAACCCUUAGUUACAAUACCUACUUUUGUAUGUAAAUAAUAAUAAAUUUUACUAAAAAUAAUUAUGUUCGUUUAAAUCGACUACAAGCGCCCAUUGAAUCGAUGUAUACACCUAAAUACAGAAUCAACAGAUAAUUUAAGUGAAAUGUAUUUCCUUAUAGAGUAAAGUUAAAAAAUAAAUAAAUAAAAUUAUACAAACCUAUAUACAAAAUAUACGAGUUUAAGUGAUAACGCGCAAGUGUAGAGAGUGAAGAAAUAUGCUAAACUUUUUAAAAUGUACAACUGCUGUCUAAAAAUGAAAUAAAAUCACAAAAUCAAGAAUAUUGUGUAAAAGGACUAAGUAAUCCAAACGCAUAGUAUGCACUGCAAAAAAAAAAAAUAAAAU